AUGGAGAUAUUGGAGAUGAUGGUAGAUCUUUACAAUGCUACCAGCAUCGCGCAAGAUAAUAGCUAUGUAGAAUCGAAAACAUCAUCAACCAAGAAUGUAUUUAAUAGUGCUGCAUUUGUUGGAAGUGUUCAGAUGAUUGAAUAUCUUUGUAAGGAGAGAUUGGAAGACUUGCAACAUAGUGAUUUGUAUAUGAUGGCAAUUGAUGCUGGCCAAGUCGAAACUGUUCGAUAUCUUAUUGCUAAUUUUAGUCAUCUUAAAGACGUCGACAAAUGCAAAUCUUCAUCGGGAACUGUUAGACUUCCACUAGACUUUGCAUUGACCAAGAAGAAUACCGACAUUACCAUUAUGUUGAUUGAGGCAAAUUGUAAAACCAAUUUCACAAACAUACUUGGAACUGUUGCCAAUUACUAUGGUGAUUGCAAGUUGAUGGAUUAUCUAUAUUCUAGAGGUCAUAGAUUGGAAUCAUAUCCAUUGGAUGAUGUUACAAUGUUCGAUAGUAUUCUAUGGUUGGAUCAUCAUGGUUGUCAACUUACUGCUACAGUAGAGACAAUGGAUAAUGUAAUCCCCAAAAGAUACUCCAUAAUACAUUUAUUCGAACCAAAUACUUUUCUAACUGAAUGCCUAAAUAUUACUAAAUAUCUACAUUUCAAUAGAAGUGAAGGUUGUACUACUAAAGCAAUGGAGAAUGGUUCAAGAUAUGGAUCUCUUGAAAUUAUUCGAUUUCUUCAUGAAAAUAGAACUGAAGGGUGUUCAGAGUAUGGAAUGAAUGUUGCUGCUUUUAAUGGAUUUUUGGAUAUUCUAAAAUACAAACAUUACAAUAAAAUUGGUGGAUGUUCAAAGCCUGCUAUGGAUAAUGCUACCGGUUUCGGACACUUUGAAAUUAUACAGUUUCUCCACUAUAAUAGGAGUGAAGGUUGUAGUGGAAGAGCUAUGGACAAUGCUUGUUCCAAUGGUCAUUACAUAUUGCAAAGUUUUUGCAUGAAAAUAGAACUGAAGGAUGUUCAAAAAGAGCAAUGGAUAUGGCAAUUCACAAUGGUGAUUUGGAAUGCGUUAAGUUCCUCCAUUUCAAUAGAACAGAAGGUUGUUCAAAAGAUAACAGAACGUUGCACAAAGAAUACUAUAUAUCAAAUUCUAAAAUCAAAACACGUCAAUCUUGAGAAUAUCCAAUGGCUUCAUCGGAAUUACUGCGAAUUUAGAUCUCUCAUCAUUCAGAUUAAAUAUUAUUUCGAUUCCAACAAGUAUGAUAUAAUUGAAUGGGUUCUCAAAUUCAAUGAAUACACAAUAGAUAUAAUCGAGCAACAACUUUCGCACCUGAAAGUUAAAUUCCCACAUUCACAUGAAGGGUCAAUCCAAAUAGUAUUACAAUAUAUAAAUUCAAAAAGGAAACAAUAA